AUGGAGCGGCAUCCGGAGGAACAGAGCGAUGAGCGGCUGCGCGGACCGGGGCAGGAAGCUGCCCUUCCCCCGCUGCAGUGUGAGCAGCCACCAGAGGGCGCCACCAUGAGACGAACGGAGGCGUACUGGCCUGUCCAAGGGGAGGAGAAGACCAGCGAGGACUACAAGAACCCCGAGGCUGAGGACAUCUUCACAAACACAGAUAUUACUCAUGAGGAGAGUGUGGCCCCGGAGUCCAGCUCUGGUUCUCUCCCUCACCGACUCCCUCCUCACACCCUCACCCACUCAACCCCUCACUCCCUAGAGCUGACUCUGAUAGUGCUGACUGUGAUAGAGCUGACUGUGAUAGAGCUGACUGUGAUAGAGCUGACUGUGAUAGUGCUGACUGUGAUAGAGCUGACUGUGAUAGAGCUGACUGUGAUAGAGCUGACUGUGAUAGUGCUGACUGUGAUAGAGCUGACUGUGAUAGAGCUGACUGUGAUAGAGCUGACUGUGAUAGUGCUGACUGUGAUAGAGCUGACUGUGAUAGAGCUGACUGUGAUAGAGCUGACUGUGAUAGAGCUGACUGUGAUAGUGCUGACUGUGAUAGUGCUGACUGUGAUAGUGCUGACUGUGAUAGUGCUGAAUGUGAUAGAGCUGACUGUGAUAGAGCUGACUGUGAUAGAGCUGAUAGAGCUGACUGUGAUAGAGCUGACUUUGAUAGAGCUGAUAGAGCUGACUGUGAUAGUGCUGACUGUGAUAGAGCUGACUGUGAUAGAGCUGACUGUGAUAGUGCUGACUGUGAUAGAGCUGACUGUGAUAGAGCUGACUGUGAUAGUGCUGACUGUGAUAGUGCUGAAUGUGAUAGAGCUGACUGUGAUAGAGCUGACUGUGAUAGAGCUGACUGUGAUAGAGCUGACUUUGAUAGAGCUGACUGUGAUAGAGCUGACUUUGAUAGAGCUGAUAGAGCUGACUGUGAUAGAGCUGACUGUGAUAGAGCUGACUGUGGUAGUGCUGACUGUGAUAGAGCUGACUGUGAUAGUGCUGACUGUGAUAGAGCUGACUGUGAUAGAGCUGACUGUGAUAGAGCUGACUGUGAUAGAGCUGACUGUGAUAGAGCUGACUGUGAUAGUGCUGACUGUGAUAGUGCUGACUGUGAUAGUGCUGACUGUGAUAGAGCUGACUGUGAUAGAGCUGACUGUGAUAGAGCUGAUAGAGCUGACUGUGAUAGAGCUGACUGUGAUUGAGCUGACUCUGGAGCUGACUCUCGGCUGUAAACAGUUCGUUGACUUCAGUCUCUGCUUGAAUCCAAGACAGAUGGGCUAA